UAACGAGCUACAGCGCCUUUAGUAACGAGCUGUCAAUCUCUGUGGAUAAGCACGCCCCCCGCCACAGCUCGCUAUAUGAAGGGCGGCCCCGGCUCAGGCAGCGUCACUGGAAUUUCGAGUCUCGAGUGUUCCAAGAUGCCUGCGUCACAGAUGGGAUUUGGAGAUUUCUUUAUUGGGAAAAACAUCAACAUGCCGCAUGGAUAUCAGACUAUGGUUUUGGAGUGCCCACCUGGGGUCCCCCCUGUUCCUGGUCACCCUGCAGUAGCUGGAGCACCCCUGUCCUAUCCUGGGAUGCAGGGCUACAGUUUCAUCCCCUAUCUGCAUCUGGGACACAACAUGAGACAAAUGAGUCCCUAUCAGCUGAAGUCAGCGUCUCCCUACCACCAGGCUCUCCUCGGCCAAGGUGCACCCUUCUACUCGCCCUACCGAGCCGUGGCAGCUGACGACCCGGGUAGGGCAGGCAAAGCGGCCGCCCGAGAGAGCACCGGAGCGCUCAAGGCCUGGCUCAGCGAGCACCUGAAGAACCCCUACCCGACCAAGGGCGAGAAGGUCAUGCUGGCCAUUGUCACCAAGAUGAGCCUCACCCAGGUCUCCACCUGGUUCGCCAACGCCAGGAGGCGACUGAAGAAGGACAACAAAGUGAGCUGGAUGUGCAAGAACAAAUCCGACGAGGAGAGCGAGAGCGAGGAAGAGGAGGCUGGAGAGAAAAGCGAGCGUGCGGAGGAGGAGGAGGAGGAGGAGGAAGACAUUGAUUUACAGACUGUGGAUGACAAUGAGAAAGAACGUUCUGGGUCUGACGGUUCCGACCAGGAGUCCACCAGGACUCCAGACAGGCUCAGUCCAGUGACUCCAGGGGACGGGCUAAAGGAAUCGGAAAGAAAGACUGAAAAUAAGGGGGUCACACGCUUGGGGGAUUAUACUAAACCCCAACUAGGAGCUAAAGAGAACACACAGCCUCAGAAACCCCAAAUAUGGUCCUUGGUUGAGACAGCAACCUCGGGCACGGGGCACAGUGCAGUGCAGAAAAGACCCGUUCAUCAUAUCAAGAGUCAGGACACUGGCGGCUUGUGGGCAGAUUUGGCUGUCAGGAACGGACAGUAUUUUCCUGUGUAUUUGCCAGCACAUUACACCCAGAGACAAACCCUUCCCGGCGGUAUGAACUGUUAGUAUGGAAGCUGUCGGACACGACCGCAUCCGUCUCUAAGUGCACUUCAUUUACAGUUUCAAAGUGACUAUUCUCAUUGUAAAAGCCAUUGCAUUCGCUUCUCAUUUCUUUUUUUCAUACUAUGUAUUUUUGUACAUGAUGUAAAUAAUAAAUCGUUUUUUUUUAAUACCUUAAUUGUAUAAUAUUUAUGCAAUAAAUGCUUUGAAAUCUAAACAGAAAAUGUUUUGUGGAUUUUGUCUGUAUCAGUUACCAGCCGGUAGUGCAGCAUUCUGAACCAAUUCACAAACUGUUACUUUUUAUUUUUUUACUUUUAAAAUAUACAACAUACAAUUUUCGUUUAGUUUUAUUAAGAAUUAAAGUGUAAAAUUAAGAUAAAUACAGCUAAAUAAUCUUUUUUUUUCAUUUUUACAAUAGUGUGCUAUAAUAAAAUGCCGUUUAGUUAAUUAUUACUAACUGUGCACAAUGUAUCAAAAGUUAGCAUUAGAAGUUAUGUAUGCAAUUACUUGUGUGACUGAUAACAAUGUUUGAAUAAACAGCGUUCCUGUGCAUUGCAGAUAUGUGCAAAAACAAUGCAAACAUCUUUUUAACUUUAUAACAAGUAAUUCAGAUUUAAAAACCAAUACAAAACGCCGGCAUAUUCCGAUAAGCAGUCUUCAGGA